AUGAGCCUCUUUUUGCCAGAAGAAAUCCUUUCAUGGGACUACGACCUUCACCGCUGCGAUCGUCACUUCGGCGAACACGGAGGCAUACUUAUUGCUUCUCGUAACAACCUUCGCUGUAAUCCAGUGUAUUUGGACUCAAGUAGUGAGGAGUUGGAAUAUGCCGCAAUUGAAAUCAACACCAACAACUGCGAAUCCGUCAAAUAUGAACAGUCGACCUAUACAACACCUAUCAACAAAGCGGAGGCCUUUAAUCAGUGCUUCACCUCUGUCUUUAACUGUGAUAAAUCUUUGCCCGACGAUCUGCCAGCUAGGCCUUUUACAGACAAAACUAUCUCGUCUAUUGUGAUCACUUCAGAAGAGGUGUGCUUAGCGCCCCAAAGCCUAGAUCCCAACAAGGCUCCAGGGCCUGACAGUCUACAUCCUAAAAUUUUGAAGGAAUGUGCUGAAGAGCUCGCACCAUCGCUGUGUUUUCUAUUCAAUAUGUCCUUGCGCCUAGGGUUACUCCCCGAUGAUUGGAAACGCGCCAAUGUAACACCUGUCUUCAAAAAAGUCGUCAAAUCGGAAAUCCCUAAUUACAGGCCGAUCUCACUGUUGUCUAUUGUCAGCAAAGUGUGCGAGAGGUGUGUUCUAAACCAUCUACUUCCAGGACUGUUCGAGCUUCUUUCUCCCCUCCAACAUGGCUUCAUGAGUGGCAGAUCAUGCGUGACUCAACUCUUGUCUGCCUUACAUGAGCUUGAAGCUGCCCUCGACGCUGGUUUGGAAACGGACGUGAUCUAUUUAGACUUUUCCAAGGACUUUGAUUCUGUGCCACACAAGAAGAUUCUUCAUAAGCUAUCGCUAUUUGGCAUCACUGGUUCCUUACAUCGUUGUUUCUCUGACUAUCUACUAUCUCGGUCACAAAGGGUCUUAGUCGAUGGAGCAUUUUCCCCAUGGACUCGCGUCGAAUCUGGAGUACCACAAGGCAGUUUGCUUGGACCCUUCCUAUUCCUUCUUUAUGUGAACGAUUUGCCGGAUAUAGUGCGCCCUGGAUCAAGCAUUGCACUUUUUGCAGAUGACGCCAAAUGCUCGCGCCCGAUCAGCAAUCCAGCCGAUUACCACCUUCUGCAACUGGACUUAGACCAACUCUAUAACUGGUCUAUGACUUGGGGUCUUUCGUUUAACAUUAAGAAAUGUGAAAUCUUAAGAAUUUCUAGAAAGCGUAUUAGCCSGGCGCCCUCUCUUGCAGUCAGUCCUUAUACUCUUCGCGGCAGCGCACUCACUGUUGCCUCUUCACAGAAAAAUCUUGGAGUCACAGUGAGCUGCACUCUUAAAUGGGGCUCACAUGGUGAGGACAUGGAAAUCUGGACAUCUGCCCAAAUUGCAGAUCCUUUCGAAUGA